AUGCUCAUAACGUUCGGUCUAUGGUUAUUAGCAUUUCGAUUACCAAACAGCAAAGUCCCCAAUUGUGUAGAAAACGAAACCAAUUCAUUAGUCUCCAUUUUUGAAAAAUCAAUAGCUUUAUGGAAAAAAAUCGGUGAAUUUGCGGAAGGAACCAAAUUGGAAGAAUUAUUAGGCUUCGGAUUGGGACUAACAGCUAUAUUAAGACCCUGGAUUAAUUUUUCUA